AGGAUUAUUCCAUGCCAUAACCGACAAACGCCAAACUUCAUGCGUUGGUGAUUCGUAUUCUAUUCCUGACCCGAUCACUGCCUAGCACAUCCGACGCUCAUUCGCUGUUGCAACAUCCAUAUCACGCUUCCAUCGUGGCAAAAUGCCGUCUCACAUCUUCUGGACAUGACUGCUGAUAUAGGGCGCCACUUCAACCCCUCCAAGACACUCCAUAUCCGUUCGGGGGCCUCCUAACACACCAUAUUCCGUGUUCUCCAACCGUGCAAAUCUUCUGGCACCGUCUUUAUCGGUCACACUCCUUCCUUCAAGAGAGAUCUGGCUGGGUGUUGGCAUAAUGGCACACAAUACGAGGUACAAAUCCACGGUCUUUGUUGAGGACUUGGUCCGCAUACCAGCAGAUCCGCGCUCGCUGGGUCAAGUCGAAUCUACCCAUACCGAAAUCGAUUCACAUCAACCACAUCCCCUACGACAUGGCGAGGAAAUUACACGGCACUCUUCAGUCUCCUCCGAUGACCUCAACGAGUUCUUCCGAUCCGGAAUACCCCCACCCGAGACGGUUCUCGUGCACUGGCAUUUAUGUUCAUCAGACGAUCUUUCUCUCGGCUUCAUGCUGAUGAAGGAGCCGGGGUUGGAAGUUGUCGACCGAUUACAUGUGCUGACCGAUCCGGUCCUAAGAGAUGUUAAUGACCAGAUGGCCGGAGUCAUCCUUGGAAAGCGGAGUACCGCCUCACUUGCACCUGUCGCAAGCGAAGUGAACGGGACGAUCCAGUUUCUCCAACAUCGGGAAGGCCCGAUCGACCUAACACAAUCCAACGUACUGCAUGGGAUCCCGGCAGAGGAACUUGUCAUCGCUGAAGAUUACAAGCCCAAGAAUAUCGUCCUGUACAAGGGAUGGGUCGGACGCAUAGUCGACAUGUAUGAAACCGUAUACGUGGGCCUGUCAGAUGGAAGCGUCGUGGAGCCGAAGGAUCUAGACAGUGUCCAACACGUACAUCCUGCGCUGCAUUCCGACGAAACGACGGUCUUUCAAGUCGGUGAUCAUGUCCAGACCAAAAAACACAACCUCCGUCUCGGAACGUGGGUUUUCGGGGCAUACAAUCCCAAUAUUGAGCCCAAAGGAUUCGUGUACAAGGUUCAAACCAAGGCCCUCCUGGUGGAUUGGCACCGCAGCAGCAAAGAUAUGAGUCAAUCAAGCGUCCAAGCCCCUCCCGAGGAAUUGGAUUCGGAGCUCGUGGUGAAUGGUGACGCAAUCAUCUACGAUCCUUCACGUCUUCCAUCGUCGGUUUCGGGCUCAGAAUUUCGGAGCGAGAAAGAUGACCUUCCAUACGGUACCUUUGUCAGAUUCCGGGACCUGCCAGCAGCUUCCGCAAAAUAUUCAGAUCCGGAUGACCUCGUCUCACCGGGCAAAAAGAGAGGCGUAUUGCAGAAAGUAUCCCGAGAAGCGGCAAAGGGGUUCGAUCUGAACUGUUUCGAGAUCAUCGAAACUCAGACGGAAUGCACGGUUCUCUGGCAGGACAACACGGUAACGCGGGAGCCAGCAAAAUCGCUUAUCCCCCAACGACAUCUGUUGGACAUGGCCGUGUACGCACCUGGUGAUGUGGUCAUGACCCGCGAACUGCUCGGUGGAGAGGAAGACUGGAUCAAAAAGCCAGCAAAGGUGGGUCUCCUCCAGUCCGUGAACUCCGCGCAGCGAACGGCCAUGGUCCGUUGGUUCUCCGAGGUGGACGUGCGAUACAUGGAGUAUGAGAGCAAGGAGCACGGCGUCGCUGAAAAGCAAUCGACCCUGCUACCGAACCCGCAGCUCGGCCCGCUCAAUCCUCAAGCGGAAGAGAUCACUAUCUACGACAUCGAUGGCAUGGAUGCUCUGAUGCGACAUCCCGGAGACUUCGUCUGUAUCGAGUCGAGGAUGGGUGGAGGUGGUGGUCAGAAGCGGCACCCGAAGGACUGGUUUGGAGAAGUGGUCAACCUUGGCUUAGAAGAUGGGCUAGUGAGUGUUAGGCUGAGUGCCUUGGAAGAGGUGGUUGAUGUGAAGGUCCCGCUGGACGAUACCACGAUUGUCUUCGGGCUUGAGGACCGGUUCAGCGAGUUUGACGAGGAAAGUGAUGAUGACGACCUAAUGAGCCAACCUAUUAGCGACGACCUGUCCGAUCAAUCGGAGCUAGCGUGGCCUUCGCUCCUUGGGUCUAGAAGGGAAAUUUUGGAGGAGUUGGACCACUCCAUGGACUCGGAUGGAUGGGAGACUGAGGACGAAUCUUUUGAUGGAGACGACGAUGAGGGAAUCGUAUCAUCCACGGAUGACAACCCAGACCCUGACACCUCGAUGACGGAUGCCGAUGGUCAAUUGCCUGAGACACCAGCUGUUGAUUACGCGACUACCGAACCGGCACUCUCUGCGGACCUUCCAUCAACAACAGACAUUCCUCCACUCCCAGGUGCUGAUCAGCCUUCUCCGAUUCCUCAAUUCGAUAUCAUAGACGGCCCUCUCAGAGAUCAUGCCUUUCAAUCCGAGCCACCCACGAUCAACAGCACGUUCCUCCGCAGAGUCAAAAAAGAGAACGACAUCCUCCGAAAGUCCCUUCCUCCUGGUAUCUACAUCCGCUCCUCGUCAUCCCGCCUCGACUUCUACCGCGCUCUAAUCAUCGGACCACCCGGAACCCCGUAUGAGCAGGCACCAUUUAUGGUCGAUCUAUACCUUCAACCCGACUUCCCCACGCUCCCUCCCAAAGCAUUUUUCCACUCCUGGAAUACCAAAGGCGAAGGCGCAAUCAACCCGAAUCUCUACGAGGACGGCACCAUUUGCCUGAGUCUCCUCGGUACCUGGACCUCCGGCUCGAACACCGAAUCCUGGAACGGGGCCAAGAGCACCAUCCUCCAGCUCCUCGUGAGCAUCCAAGCUCUGAUUCUGGUGCGCGAGCCGUACUUUAACGAAGCUGGCUACGAGGCGCGUGUCAACUUGGAAGACUCGGUACAUCCGAGCCGCUAUUACAGUGAGCGGACAUAUUUCCGAUCGCGGGACUUCAUCUCGUAUGCGCUAGAGUAUGACAUGCGGGAGUUCGGGGAUAUCAUCCACUGGCUCUAUCUAAGCCGAACGGACGGGGCACCGAGAUUGUUGGACGUCGCCAUUAACGACGCGAAACGUGUGCUCAAAGACUGUGGGCCAGAGCCCAAUGCAGCGUUGAGCAAUGGAAGCACCGAGAGCAGCCCGAAGUUGGCGUUGGACGUGCUCACCAACGGAGCACGGACGAUCUUGGAACGGAAAGUGGCCGCGCUGGAGAAGUUGCGAGAUACCAAGGCCUGAAGGGGCGGUUCUAGGUUAAUGGGCAGCUCGAUUAUGUUCGGAAUGCCGUUUUCGGCAUUCUCGAACUCACAGGGUGACUGCACAAGAUGCAAAGCAUCAGGGAAGGAGUGCAAGCCAUAUGCUUAGAAUCCAAUAAAAACACUUGCAAACACCUCGCUUGCCGCUCCUCGUGAUUCCCAUCCCCCAUCGGGCUUCUCAAUCCACUUUCUUCCAUAUGCUCAAGUAAUCCGUUCCUUGACCAAGUUUGAAAGUUCGAUCCGGUUGCCAGUGCUCUGUUCGCUCAAGCGGCGAUACUUCCCCUGAUCCCAGCUUCUUCACCUCGUCUUCAUCCGGCUUUCUAUCUUCACCGUAUGGGAUGUCUAACCCGGGAUGCCCAAGAUGUGCGGCGUAU